AUGGCUUCCUCUGGCGAGUUCCAGUCCAUUUCUUCUUUGUCUGCUAAAGAUCAGAUACUCUUUACGCGGUUCGCGUCUGGUACCACCGUGAUUGCUCCUCAUGACAUUGUUCAUGAAGCCUUCGAAUGUCAGGUGGAUGCACACCCUGCCUCGAUUGCGGCCAAACAUGACGGUAGCACGAUCACAUACGCCGACCUCGACGUGCAGGCCAACCGUCUGGCUAACUAUCUCAUUGAACGCGGCCUGAAACCCAAGCAACGAGUGUGUUUGGUGGUGCAGCGUUCAUUCGAGAUGCUUGUAGGGAUCUUUGCGAUCCUGAAAAGCGGAUGCCAAUACGUACCCAUGGACGGAGGUGUCGUAUCGGAGGAAGCAUUGCAGCACACAUUACGGGAUACCCAAGCAUCUUUUGUCCUUGCUUUGCCGAAAUUCGAGAGCAAGGUCGAGCGAUGUGCGCCCCAAGGGGUUCGCAUUGUAUGCCUGGGAACAAAGCAAGAAGUCUCUGCGCCAUCUCAUCGUCCUGUCGUGCCGGUCUCUGCCGGCGAUGGAGCCUACGCCAUCUACACUUCAGGUAGCACUGGCAAACCCAAAGGUGUUGACGUUGCUCACGGCAAUGUGACGAACGCGCUACUGCUCAACCCAGGGAAGUUGGGGAUCGUACCAGGGACAAAGGUUGGGCAGGUUCUGAACGUGUCCUUUGAUAUGGGCGCUUGGGAGACCUUGGGCUGCCUUAUGAACGGCGGCACACUGUGUCUCAGAACUUCAAGCUGGGAGAACACACUGGAAGAGAUCGACGUUUUGAUAUCAACACCUUCGAUUCUUUCGAAAUGGAACCGCAGUCGCUUUCCAAACAUCAAGACGGUUGUCACUGGCGGUGAACCUUGUCCCCAAAGUCUUGCCGAUGAGUGGGCCGCUGGCACAAGCUACUACAACAUCUGCGGCCCGACCGAGAUCACCAUACUUAAUUCCGCUCACUUACAUACUCCUGGCCAGUUCCUUACAAUAGGCAAACCGCUUCCGAACACCACGGUGUACAUACUGGAUGAAGAUGAAAAUCCAGUCGCCAUCGGAGAAAUGGGCUCGAUGUGGGUGGGUGGUGCCGGUGUCACGCGUGGAUACAUCAACCUACCCGAGCUCACCGCGAAACGAUACAAGAUGGACAAGUUCCGAAACGACGGGUCGAGAAUGUUCAAUACUGGAGAUCUAGUACGUUGGCGGGAGGACGGCUCGCUCGAGACAUUCGGCAGAUCAGACGACCAGGUGAAGAUCAAGGGCUUUCGAGUCGAACUGGACGGUGUCACUGCAGUUGUUGAGGCGUUUCCUGGAGUAUCGCGAGCUUGCGCCAAAGUGGUUAAUAAGCGACUGCACGGCUUCUACGCCGCUGAGCCUGGUAUCGACGAGCAAGCUUUGGAUUCCUUCGUGCGGCAGCACCUUCCGUUCUACUCCGUCCCAGAACGGUGGAUUCAUGUUCCCGAGAUACCCCUAACUCCUAAUGGGAAGGUCGACAAGAAGAUGCUCGUCGAACUAGCUCUCAGUGCUGCUGUAUCAGCUUCCACAACUGGAGCUGUCCCGAUAAUUGCGCCACCAGUUCCUGUUGUUGCGGCGCCAGCACGGGGAGUGGAGUCGUGCUUGGACUUGGAGAAGGCAGAAAGAUACGAUAGUGGCGUCGUGCGUAACAGUCUCUCGAUCAUCAAAGGAGGUACUUCCAGCAUCUCGGAGUCGCUCGAGUCCGAGCUCGACAAGCUGCCUGGGAAGAAGGGUUUCCACGGACAGAGAUGGCUGCGCCACCGCGCUUUCAUCCUAUACCGACGCUUUUUCUCCGUUGUCUUGCUCGCCAACAUUGCUACAGCCUGCUUCAUUCUAUAUCGAAGAGUUGAGCAAGACCGAUACAUUUUGGCCGACGUCUCCACCGCGUUUGCAGCAAACUUAUGUAUGGCUGUCCUGAUGCGGUCCGAGCCCGUUGUCAAUCUGCUCUUCACGGCAGCGUGCUCUGUUCCGACCUCCUGGCCUCUUGCAAUUCGCCGCCACUGCGCGAGGGUGUUCCACAUUGGCGGGAUUCAUAGCAGUUGCGCAAUUGCGUCAGUCGGAUGGUUCACUAUCUUCACGGUUGGUGCUAGUUUGGAACUCACAAAGCAGCCAGACCUUCGCUGCUUGUCUCUUGCACCAACUAUCCUCACUUAUCUCGUCUGGCCGAUUCUCAUGGCUAUCGCGGGAACCUCACACCCCACUUUCCGAGCAAAGCACCACGAUAUCUGGGAAAUGACACACCGCUUUGGUGGCUGGACAGCGCUAAUCCUGCUCUGGGUGCAAUCAUUCCUGGCUACCAAAGACUUGGCAGUUGGCGUAGCACCAUCCCGCGCGUAUCUCACUUCUCCUGGCAUCUGGCUGCUCAGUGUUGCCACUGCUGCCAUCAUUUUUCCUUGGCUUUUCCUUCGGAAAGUACCAGUCCGAUCAGAAGUCCUCUCGGAUCACGCUGUUCGUCUUCAUUUCGAUUACACUGAUCCCGUAGUGGGCACCGCAGUUCGUCUAGCCGAGAGACCGCUGCGCGAUUGGCACGGGUUCGCAACCAUUACGAACGCUGACGGCCGUGGCUUUUCCCUCGUCGUUAGCAACGCCGGCGACUUCACUAAGCGCACCAUCAAUCGCGCACCAACGCACAUCUGGGUGCGAGGUAUACCUACAUGUGGUGUGCUCCGAAUCGCGCCGCUAUUCCGGUCAGUCGUGUUGGUUGCCACUGGUUCUGGAAUUGGGCCUUGCCUUGCAGUUAUCCUCGCGAAGAAGGUUCCGUGUCGUAUCCUCUGGACUGCACCGAAUCACGAGAAAACUUUCGGAAAAGACCUUGUAAAUGAGGUAUUAGAUACAGAUCCCCGUGCGGUUAUUCACAACACGCGCACAAUGGGGAAGCCGGACAUGCCACUCAUGGCUUGGAAGCUGUAUAAGGAGAGUGGAGCGGAAGCGGUGUGUGUGAUCAGCAACAAACGCUUUACGCAGCAGAUUGUUUAUGCAAUGGAGAGCAGGGGUGUUCCGGCGUACGGUGCGAUAUUCGAUUCUUAG